AUGGUGGCCCAUCAGGAAUCUUCUGCCGUCUCCGCUGCGGCUUUCGUCGCCAGCACCGUCCCAAACGGCGUUUCGGCGAAAGGCGUGCUGGCGAAAAGUUACGAAAGUGACGGACCUGUCGCGAAUGGGGUUACCAUCGCCAACGCUGUCGCAAACGUGGAGAAUGCGUUUAACGAGCUGAAGAAGACGAUUGUGAACGUCGGAGCAGACAGCAUCGUUCCGGUCGAGGGGAAGAAUAACAAAUCGGAGAAGGUGGAUGAGGAGAAGGAGAGUGAAACGGAGAAAGCGGAGAAUGGAAAGGAGAAUGAUGCGGAGACAAUGGAGGAUGAUGAGGAUUACGAGGAGGAAGAAGAGGAGCAGUACGAGUAUCCGGUAGUGGCGGAUGAACCCGAUUCGAUCGACGCCCGCGACGCGAACACGCCUGACAAGUGGAUCCCCCGCCAUCCCUCCCUCGUGCGCCUAACCGGAAAGCACCCCUUCAACUGCGAGCCGCCGCUUUCCCGCCUCCUGACCUCCGGGUUAGGCUCGGGCUCUGCUUCUGAUUCAGGCUUGGCGCCAGGUUCGGCGGCUCCCGGCUCCCGCUCGGAUCCAGCCUCGGGGUUCAUCACUCCCGUGCCUCUCCACUACGUUCGGAACCACGGCUACGUGCCGCGCCUGGAUUGGUCCACGUGGCGAAUCGACAUCUCCGGUCUAGUCAGCAAGCCUGCCAGCCUGUCAAUGGCGGAUCUGCUCUCGAUGCCUUCCAGGAAGCUUCCCGUGCUGCUGGUGUGCGUGGGGAACAGGCGGAAAGAGCAAAACGCGGUCAAGCAGACGAUUGGGUUCAGCUGGGGAGCGGGAGCGGCAGCAACGACGGUGUGGAAGGGUGUUUUGCUAAGAGAUGUGCUUAUAAAGUGCGGCGUUCAGCUAAAAGGGAAGAACGCGGGGAAAUUCGUGUGCUUCGAAGGGGCGGAAACGUUGCCGGGAGGAGGAGGGAGUACUUACGGAACUAGCAUGGAAUUAUGGAGAGUAAUGGACCCUGCAAACGAAGUUCUCCUGGCGUACGAGCAAAACGGGCAGGAGCUUUCCCCGGACCACGGGUUUCCGGUCAGGGUAAUUAUCCCUGGAUUUAUCGGCGGGCGGAUGGUCAAGUGGCUGAAAAAAGUGGAAGUUACCCGGGAAGAAUCUCAAAACUACUACCAUUUUCACGACAACCGCGUGCUGCCUUCACAUGUGGACGCUGAGACUGCUAUGAAGGAUGGGUGGUGGCGCAAAAAGGAGUAUAUUUGCAACGAGCUGGCGAUUAAUUCGGCGAUAGUUAGUCCGGACCAUGGUGACGUGGUGGCUUUGGAGGGCGGCGCGGGCCGGCAGGUAGUGACGAUGAAGGGGUACGCGUACUCGGGUGGCGGCAGGAGGGUGACACGUGUCGAGAUCACAUUGGAUGGAGGGAGCACGUGGCGGCUGUGUGACAUCACCCACCCCAGCCCUCCCACUCGCCACGGCAAGCACUGGACGUGGAGCCUGUGGGCAACCGAAGUCCCCGUGAUCGACCUGGUGGGGGCGAGCGAGGUUGCAGUUCGGGCGUGGGAUGAUGCCACCAACACGCAGCCCGAUAAGCUGACCUGGAACGUCAUGGGCAUGAUGAACAACUGCUGGUUCCGAGUGCGAGUGGCCCCCACGGUGACGCCAGAAGGCUCCAUCGGCCUGCAGUUCAUCCACCCCACCCGCCCCGGCAACCUCCCUGGCGGCUGGAUGUAUGACGCUCCAGGGGACGGCAAGCCGGGGGGAAAUAUGGCAGCAGCAGGAGCAGCAGGAGCAGGAGGGUCAACUGCUGCUGUUCUCAAGGCAGCAGAUCUUCCUGCUGCUGCUGCUGCUGCUGCUGGGGCUUUUCAAACCAAGCCAGGCCCUGCUCCUGCUCCUGCAGCUUCGGCAGCGGUGGCAGGUUCGGGAGAGAGGUCCGGUGCGGCUGUUCGGAAGAUCUCGAUGGCUGAGAUCGAGCGGCACGCGGACGAAUCGUCACCGUGGAUCGUGGUGCAUGGGAGGGUGUAUGAUUGCACCAAGUUUCUCAAGGACCACCCGGGCGGCAGCGAGAGCAUCACCAUCAAUGCGGGCACGGAUGUCACAGAGGAGUUUGAUGCGAUUCACUCGGAAAAGGCUAAGAAGAUGCUCGAGGAGUACUAUAUAGGGGAUGUGGCGGGAGAGGGCGAGGAGGAGGGGCCUUCUGCUGCUGCUGCUGUGACUGUUCCUGCUGCAACGCCCGCCCCCACUCCUCUCCCUGCCUCACCCACUGCCCUCCACCCCACCACACUCGACCCCAAGAAGCGAAUCUCCGUGCCUCUCCUCUCCAAGGUCUCCCUCUCGCCGGAUGUCCGUCGCUUCCGUUUCGCCCUCCCCUCGGCCAAUCACAUCCUCGGGCUCCCGGUCGGCAAGCACUUGUUUGUUUGUGCCAAGGUGGGCGGCAAACUGGUGAUGCGCGCGUACACGCCGACCACCUCGGACGAAGACGGGGUGGGGUAUUUCGACCUGGUGGUGAAGGUCUAUUUUAAGGGGGUAGUUCCGCAGUUUCCCGACGGCGGGGUUAUGUCACAGCACCUAGAGUCACUAUCGGUCGGUGACACUAUCGAGAUUAAGGGACCUUUGGGUCAUAUAGAGUAUCUCGGGCGAGGAAAGUUCCUGGUAAGUGGGGAGGAGAAGCAGGGGAAGAAAUUGGCCAUGCUGGCGGGAGGCACCGGAAUUACCCCCAUUUAUCAGGUGGCAAAAGCGAUUCUGGCUGAUCCGGAGGAUAAGACGGAGAUGUGGGUGCUGUUCGGAAACAGGUCGGUGGCUGACGUGCUGCUACAAGACGAAAUGGACCGGUGGGUUGAACAGUACCCGGGAAGGUUCCAUGUUUGGUACACUAUUUGCGAGCCUGUGCCUGAAGGGUGGAAGUAUGGGAUUGGGUUUGUCACUGCUGCAAUGGCCAAUGAGAGGCUGCCACGUGGCGGGGAGGACAGCCUGGCGCUGAUGUGUGGCCCUCCGCCCAUGAUCAGGGCGAUGACGCCUUUGCUGGAGGGGAUGGGUUACUCUAGUGAUCGCUUGUUGACGUUUUGA